GGUGGGCAGAACAUUGCACCAAGUAAUUAAAUAGGAUCGGCGGGUGAUUAAGAGGUGGUCGACACGUGGUAUGCGGUGUGCGGUGCGCGGUGUGCGGUGGCGACCGUGCGGUACCGGACAGGGCCGCGGCCGGACCGGACUACUGCGCGUCGCACCGUCCCGCGCCGCUGGUCACUCACCGCUCCUCGCUCCUCUCCGCCAUCAUUCAUAUUUCUUACGCACUUCCUUCCACAGUGUUAUGUGCCACUGCCAGUACCAGUGCCAGUCUCACAACCGGAGCCAGUACUGGAGUCGGAGUGGGGACUGUCCGACUGUCCCUGUCCUCAUCCCCAUCCGUGUCUGUCUGCCUCGCCGCCCGUCAUCCGUCAGUUCAUGCCGGCUGUGCGUACUUAGCGGUCCGUGUCCUUCAGUGCGCGCGAUCUACUAAACUGAUUCAUAUUGUGGCCAUUACCAUACAUCUGUCAGUGAUUGGACCAGCGGAUACAACACCCAAUAUGAUCUGCUUGCUUCAUCUGCGCGUUUUCGUCCCAUGUUCGAGGAGAGAAGAAAUCUUGCAGAUAUUCAAAGCAAUACACUGCGAAAAUCCUGAUGAAUAAGGAAGUAUCCCGAUUUUCUUCUCCAACAUUCUGUCAUUGCGUAGAACCCUUGAAGACGUCCGUGAUCACGUAUUGAGUAUACACACAACUAAAUGACUUCUCCUCUCAAAAUAUGAAAUGGCUGAGUUUGGUUCGGAUGUUACACGGAUGCUUGUGGAUAAAAGCAUAAUGGAUUUAGACAAAUUAUACAUGGAACAUCACGUUGUGGAAAAUCGAAAAAUCACACGAGACAAAAAACGUGAUUGGAAAUCGAGAUAUUUUAUUAUGGACUUUUCAUCUAGAACUUCAUAUAUUUCUUAUGGUGAUUUAGUGAUUCUUAGUGAAAAUAAAAAACCAGGUACAUUGACUCUGAAGAAGGCUGGGUUUGUUUUAAUAUUACUAGCUGCUUUUAUUUUAGGUUUCAUUUUAGGUUCUGGGAUUCUUUUAUAUCUCUCAACUGAACAAACGUCAUUUUCAAUUUUAAGAGAAAUCUCCAACACCAACAAUACAUCUCCAGACAGUGACAUAGUACUCGCGCCCACUAGUUCGAUGCAAAGUAGUAAACGAUUUUCCCGUGAAGAACUUAUUGAUGGGUUAUUUUGGAGUGACAGUGUGGAAAGAAUUAUCCCUCGUGGAUUUGGGGAUGAAGAUGAUCGAAAGUGGAACGAUUUCGUACAAAGAACUGCAAUCGUACGGAUUGAAAGGGGUUGUGGCAGAAUGCAAAACCGAUUAGUAAUUUUUGAAGAUGGGACUAGGGCUUGCUGUAGGUACCGACAAAAUACGGAUCAAAUUCAAGGGGAAAUCUUCAGCUAUUAUCUAGGAAGACUUUUGCGACUACCUAAUGUAGUUCCGUCUACUCUUCUAAUGAUCAAUAGCAGUGACUGGCAGUGGAUGUCAGUAAGCAACCAACUGAAAACGUCGCAAUGGGCAGAGGAUCAUCCAGUGGUAUUGACGAAGUUCGUCGACGACUUACUCCCUGCACACAUUCCUCUGGCACUGAAAACUUUUACUAAAGACGUUCUUACUACCGGUACCAACGAUGGCGUUCUGCUCAAGGGAAACGAUGUGCUGUUAAAUCUGUUUACGAAUUCAGACCCGAAAAGGACACUUGACGUCGCCAAGUGGAUGAAAAGUGACAAUGACGCCAUAGAAAUGGCACAGUGGUCUGAUCUUAUCAUUUUUGACUAUCUUACUGCAAAUCUGGAUAGGGUCGUAAACAACUUGUAUAACCUGCAAUGGAAUCCGGACAUGUUGUCCAGCCCGACACACAACCUUCAGCGGGUCUCAGUAUCCGAUCUUCUUGUCUUCCUAGACAAUGAGAGCGGCCUGCUCCACGGGUACCGACUUCUCGACAAAUACGAGCCGUAUCACAACCUCCUCUUGGACGCUCUGUGUGUCUUCCGCAAGUCCACGAUAGACGCCGUCACGUCUCUAUCGACUAGCAAACAUCUGGGAUCUCUUCUGUCCCGCCAUUUGCCUGCACAGGACAUGCUUCCUUCUCUGCCGGAAAAAAAUGUAAACUUCCUCAAUCAACGGGUACGGCGGAUUUUGCGGCAAGUGGAAGAUUGUUCACGCAAAUUACAAUUGAUUUAAUUAAUAAUCUCGACAUGAACACUGAACGAUGUUUCGUUACAAAAUAAUAAAACCCAUCUACCUACCGUGAGUUGUAGAGUAUUCUACAAGUAUUCUCCAAAUAUUCUAAGUACUGUAAAUUCUAUGUAAAAUUAUAUAUAUUUUGAUUAAUUUGUAUUAUUUAUUUUCAAAAAUUGUAAAUUUUUCUGUGUUAUGAAAACAACUUAAUACAGAUGAAAUUUGUUAGACUUUAGUUUCCUUGAUAUAAAUUGUAGUUACAUUGAAUGAUGACGUGAUAAAUUUAAGUAAUACAAUUAAAAUACUGGCAAACGAAUGUAAUUUGCUUUCAAAUGAUACAGCUAUGAAUAGAACCUAUAUCAUUAAGUACAUGAACGUGCACAGCUCUAUCUACUUCUUAUCAUGCAUGCAGUUGAAGUACCAUGAACAAUAAAUGUUUAUCGAUCUAAAACAUUAUACAGUAUUUUACCCAUUUAGUAUUCUUUUGAGAUUGCAAUAAACCGAGAAUAAAAUUAUUUCGAUGUUGUUUAUUUAAAAUUACUCUUAUACUUUAAUAAGUGUUUAAAAUCAAUAGAUAUAUUAAUUUUAGCAGUAAUAAUGUUAGUAAGGAAAUCAUUAAUACACUAUAAUAAUAGAAAAAAACAUAAUUUGAGUGUCAGCUCGUAAUAGUCAAAUGAUGUCAUAUGGAAAGGUCGGAUUGAAGGACGGUAGAGUAACACAUAUUGUUAAGGGUCCCAAACUAAUUUUUUGACGUUUGCUGAACGAGAAAUGAAACUUUUGUAAUAUAGUAUUAUCGAUGCAGAGUUUGGUUUGAACCUCUUCGUCGUUGGAUCUCUUCAGACAGUCGUGUACUCCAGAUUCUAAGAAUCAAAUCUCUGCAAAUUUUGGAGUGAGUUGAAACCUCGAAGCUUUCGAUAGUGGUAAAUGAGUCCCAGUUAUGUAGAAAUAAAAAUACAGACUAUUUUUAUAUGCUAAUCUCUUUUAAAAUUAUUGCGAUGCAAAUUAAAUGCUGUUGAAAUGUUUGAGACACAAUUUCAGUAAAGUGAGCAAUGAGGAAAUCUGUGAUAAAACAGACUAUGAGCAAAAAUUCAUACUUUCCUGGUUAAAUUGGUACUGAUUUGAACAGCAAUAUGUACAAAUACUACCAUUCUACUUAUUAAAUUACAGAAAUACAUAUAUGCAAGUUCCUUAAAUCCCGCGUAAAUUAGAUAUCGGGUUGAUCAAAAAUUGUACAUGCACUAAAACAAUAAGUAAGCACCUAUCCAUUAGAUAAAAUGAAUGUACCUAUUUAAUACGUUUGAGUUAUACGUCAUUUAGACGUGUAUGCAUCGUGUAUAUUUUAUUAUAUUUAAAUCGCCUUUGUUCCAUCUCUUUGGAAAAAUUGUUUGUACUUUAAAAUUUAGUUGAACUAUUGUAACUUUCCUGUAUUCCGCCCUCAGCAUACGUUCGAUUAACUGUAGUUUCAUAGUAUUAUAACCACUUCUUUACAUUACAAACUCUUACUUUUAACUUUUUACCGUAAUUUCUUUAUUUCCCCAAAAUUCAGGAAUCUGUUUGGAUGUUACUGCAGCACACAAUAAUUGUUUACAUUUAAGAACUAUUCAUAAAAUUAUAUUUGUCAUUUAGUACUAUUUACGACGAAUAUCAUUCUUUUGUUUUUGCCACGUUCUUAAGAAUAAAAUUAAAAAUAAAUCAAGACGUAUUCUCUGAAAUGAAAAUACGUUUCCUAGUAUUUUCUUUCCUACACCACAAAAUAACACGUUUGAAUUUAAAAUGUUUUGUAAUAGGCAUAUAUACCAUAACAGUUCUGUUAUAGCACUCUAAAAUGUAAAUUACCUUUACGCGAUUCUCCUUGAUUGAAAUUGUGGUUAUCAUCCUAGUCAUAUGUAAAAAUUGGGGUCAGUGUUGUAAACAAAUAUAAAAUACAUGUCAGCCUUAGCUUUUAAGUUUAAAAUAGUAUAAAACUUCCAAGUGUAAUACUAUAUCUUUUUAAAAUUACCUACUAGUAACAUACAUAAUGAGAAAUAAAAAGUAGGUUAUUUAUUAUAGACUUGUUAUUUUAAGGAAUCCACCGAACAAGGACUUAUUGAUGAUAUUUCUACAAAAUCAGAUGUACUUGUAACUGGUUUCAUUUCAGUGUUAAUUUCACGGACUUGUACAUUUUUACUUAUCGUAGGUAAACUGUAUGAUAAAAAGCCAAAGUCUAUUGUAUUAUACUUUUGUACCAAUCGGUAUUAAGUAAUUAUAGUUUAUUUAAAAUGUAUUUAAUACGAUUUGUGUGUGAUAAUAGGAUUACAUUAUAAGUUCAUUCUUGUAUAAUAGUAAAUAUUUUAUGUUUUGUCGGUGUUGUAUGUUUUACUAAUACUUCCGAAUCUGUGGUAAUGAUCAAAUAAUUCAAUAAAUGAUUUAAUGAAAA